GGUAUUUUUCCGUUGUUGCUGUACAUGCAACUGUCGAACUAUUUGCUCUAUCUAUUUAUUGUUCAAAAAGCAUUGCAAAUGCAAAACUUUACGUCGAAUGACACUCUUUUUAUUUGAAUGAAUCGGAAUUUUGUGAAUUCACACCAAAGACGAGCACAUACAUUUUUAUUUUUUGUUAAAUGUAGGAAUCAACAUUGAAUCGAUUCUCCGAUUUCAUUGGAAUGAAUUGAAACGAACGGUGAUAUAAUUUUUUUGGUUGGAAUGAGGAAAGCAUUACUUUAAAUCUGAUGCAAUUCAAAGCACUCUGGCCAUAAGAUUUCAGGUGUAUUAUGAUUAUACAAUAAACUGGUGUAAGUGCAUUUUGCAAAAACUAGAGAUAGAAACACCGAAUUCAAUUGAUUUAAAUUGAAUAUAACAACGCGGUCCUUGUUCGUACAGCAAAUUGUACAUUUUCAAGAAACAGGUGCACGUGCUGUUAUUACAGCUAAACGAAGCAGAAUAUAUAUAUAAUAUCCAAAUAAUCCAAACUAAAACACUUCAUAUCGUCACUCACGAUGACAUGUGACUCAAGGCAAAUAGUGCAAUAAAUAAGUGCAUUAUAUAGGAUCUUGGUUUUGGUGUAAUAGUCUACUUGUGCUGUGUGAAAAAUUUUUUUAGUCACUUAAGAUACAGUGUUAGAUUUGCUCAUGCGUUGAUUCGCUGUGAAAACGACGAGCAAUUUUUUUUUUUUUUCAAAUAAAAACGAAAAGGAAUUGUGUGUCGAUCGCUUUUUUCUAUCUCAAUCGUAUCCAAAAUCUACAUACAAUUAUUACAAUUAUAUUUUUAUAUUACUUAGAGAUUGAUCGAAAAUUAAACGCUACGGAACACACGUGCGUAUCAACUGACAGAAAUUUCGUAGUGAGAUAAACAGUCAAACAGAAUCAAAAUUGAAAAAAACACACAAUUUGAACGAGGUUUUUCUACAGACAAAAUUAGUAGACUGGCGACAGCCAAAAAUUCGUGAAUAAUUGAUAAAAGUUCACAUUGAAAUACAGUGUUCGAAACGCGAGACAACAUUAUUUUAAAUUGCAAGAAUACACAAUAACAAUAUUGUCUUCAUUUGAGGUUUAAAAAAAAUGAGUGCGUGUCUCGGCAUACAAAUACCAAAGACAUUUUAAAAAUAAAUAAACAAGCAAAAUUACAAAUACACAAAAUAAACGUGAUUUACAAAUUAGUUUUGUACCGGUGACAUCCAUUGUGUGGAUUUGCGUGCAUAUAACUAUCACUUCAAAGAGUUCAACAUUUGGCAAAAAUACCAAAGCGAUUGGCAUAAACAUAGUUCUUAAAGAAGACAAGAGAAGGUGAUAUCUGUGGAAAAAGGAAUUUUGUAGUUAAAACUCGAGUCAAUUGGAAACCGUCAAAAUUCAAUCGUUUACGUGGAACAAGGCGUUUGGUUGCGCGACAACAUUGAGUGUGUCGCUUCAGAUCGCAUACGAACUGAUCAAAAUUCGGCUACUAUCGAUUCUAGCGCCCAACUUUCCACCAAUCAUUGAACUGUUCCUGAAAGUCUAUUGCGUAACAAGAUAAUAGAAAAACCUGAUAAGAGGCUACAAACUGAAACGGCACUUGGUGGUAACUAAGGUUGGGGUGCGCAAAUCAUAAAUGCAGCUAACAGAAAGGGCACAAUCAAGUUCUCUGCAUCAACGACGACAACGAUUGUCUACUUGAAUUUAGUGAAACUAAAACAUCAAACUGACCGAAUCGAUUGAUUGCACGGUCAGGAAUAAGACAGGAAUUUAGGUAAAACGCUUUAUGUCAACGGUUGUCACCCAAGCUGAAUUUUGCGCCACCACGGUUACGCAAACAGAUUACUCUAUCUCCGCAGCGUCGUCCGCUGUAUCGCCAAAUGAUUUUCGGCGAGCAUGGAUAACGCCACAUCCGGAAAAUUUACCCGGUUUAGCGGAGAAGACAUCAAUUCAAAAUCAAUAUGCUGGAUCAAAAUUGACGGUUGCCGAUAACACCAAAUUACCUAAUCCCAUACAAAAACCAUUGAAUCCACAUCAAAAGCAACAACAAUUACAUUCAAAACAAUCAUCCAUCGACCAUGAUGACGAAGUUGCUUUACAUCCAUUAUCAAAUCAGGUUGGAGGUCACACGCGACUGCUGCUGCUAAACCAGAGUACGGUCAUAAAACCAUUGAAUAUUCGUGAAUUAGAUUUUUAUCAAAACAUUCCAUCGGAUAUUCAGCUAUUCGUUCCUAAAUACAAAGGUGUUAUGCAAGCGACAACGAUGAGUGGUUCAAAGUUGGAGAAACGCUACUCGCCCAGUUUCCAUGAAGACUCCAAUCGAAAACCGAGUGCAUCGAAACGUAAACGCGAUGACGUUUUACGAAUGAAAGUCCAUAGGAAUGGAAAUGCGAUGGAGAUAAUUAAAAGUAUUUCUCAAAUAGACAACUCUAACAAAACAUAUUUUCUAAUGCUGGAGAAUAUAACGUCACAGUUUCGUCAGCCUUGUAUAUUGGACUUGAAAAUGGGCACCAGACAACAUGGAGACGACGCAUCCGCUGAGAAGCGCAGCAAACAAAUGGCAAAAUGUGCUGCAAGCACAUCGGCAACGCUAGGAGUGCGACUAUGUGGUAUGCAAGUGUAUCAAGCUGACAUUGAACACUACAUGAAACGCGAUAAGUACUUUGGCCGUGAAUUGAAUGAAGAAGGAUUCAAAAAGGCAUUGUACAAUUUUUUUCACAAUGGAUUUCGAUUGCGAACGAAAGUUAUGCGAAAAGUUGUACAAAAAAUGGAUCAACUAAGGCGUGUAAUUGAACGACAAUCUAGCUAUCGAUUUUAUUCAUGUUCAUUGUUAAUCGUUUAUGAGGGCUACGAAGAUCCAAAGGAAGACCUUACCGCAUAUGAGGAUCCAUUACCAAUUGAUUCAACAAUCGAUGUAAAUAACAGUUUAAGGAGCCAAGGCGAUAGUCAAUCAAGACCGAUGGAAGAUGAUUCACAUAGUGGAAAUUGUUCAUAUGAUGCUGAUGCCUCCAACGAUUCGAUCGAAUUGAAUUUGUCAUUAGACGAACAACAGCCGGAUACACAACAAACGUCACAGCAUGUCAGCCAGACACAAUCAAACCAUUUACCUCUCCCCGUUACUAUGCCAAUCGUUUCAACUGAAAUCACAUUGACAACGACUUCGAUCGAUGUACCAAUUGUGCAACGUGAGCUCGGCGAAUCAGCAGUACGUGGAGCAUCAGUAACACCAUUCGUUCCGAUCAACGAAGAAACGGUUUUUCUUGAUGCUGAUCCAGUUACAUCGUCCGGAAUUUCAACAAUGUCAAGUCCAAUGUCGUGUGAUUCAUGGAUGAAUUACAGCAGCAAUAGCAGUGAUGAUUUAUCAGCCAUAUCUGAUCGAAUACAUGCACACCAACAACAACAACAGGAUAGCUCGGAAGACAGUAGCCUUGAAUUUGAUACAUCGUUGCCGCAAUCAACACCGAAAUCGAAACGUAACUUCAACGUAGUGAGCGAAUAUACGUUACGGCCAAACCGUGUAACUAAUUCCACAGAUAAAAAUGAUCAUAAUCUUGGUGAUGACAAUGAUGACAACAACAACGACGACGACGACGAUGAUGAUGAUGAUGUUCAUAACAAUAGCUGUGUAAGCCAAUCGAAGCGAUUACGUGGUCAAUCAACAAACGUGACAAAUUCAUUGCAAUCGCCACCAUCAUCAUCAAUUACAGCCAAUGGAUCAAAACGAAAGGCCUUACAUCGAAAUAGUUCACUAUCCGGUGCUAUUUGUGAUAUUCGAAUGAUCGAUUUUGCUCACACAACGUUUGUUCGAAAGAAUGACCAAAUUUCCGGUUAUUCGAACGCAACAACCGUACAACAUCAAGGACCUGACAAUGGUUUUUUACGUGGAAUUGAAAGCUUACGUCGUCUGCUGUCCGAAAUUCUUAAUGAUGAUGACAUCGAAAGUGAACGAAAUGAAUCACAACAACGCAAAUCGGACAUUUCGGCCGAGGCAAUAUCGUAAAACCAAAUAAAUUGUCCAGCAUGUAGGGUUAUAUUUACUAAAUUUGGCGUACGCGUAUUUAUCGUGAUUCAGUUGCGAUUCAAAUACCAAAUUUUAUGCCGUAGUAGGGAAAUAGGGGAAGCAAAGUCCAAAUUUUUAUGAUGAUAAGUUAGUGAGAAAAGCAAAUUAGGUUGGAUUGAUACCUGACAAAUUAAUUGUGAUUAGAGCAUUUUUAAUAAAAAAAAAAUUAUUAUGACUUAACGAAAAACAAAAAGUAUAUACAUUUUUAAUGCAAAAUAAAAUAACGGACGUGACAUGAAAAUAAAUUAAAAACAAAACUAAACAAUUGUGUAACGUUAGAUUUAGAUGAAGAAUGAAAACCACUAUAUAUAAAUUAUUAUUGUCAAUUUUGAAAUGAUGAAAAUUCUUGCAAAAGAAAUUAUAUUGUCUUUUACAUACACGAAACGUGCGACUAAUUUCAAAAAUGAAAAUCGAUUUGAGUGAAAUUUAGAAAUUUUACAACAGCAAUCUAAGGGCAAAACUGUACAUUGUUAUUGUCACCAAUUUGUAAACUUAUUUUGUGAUUCGAGAGGGGGGAAAAAGUGUUACAUCAAAAAUCAAUGAAAACAAACAAAAAAUUAGCUAUUAUUUAUUUGAUGGAUAAAAUACUGUGUUGAGACUCGAUCUCUGUACUGUGUAACAAAGAAGAAGAAGAAAAAAAAUUAAAUUUUCAGUUCCAGUUGCUUAUUAGCAGACACUAUAUUGAGCUGACUUUUGAAAUCGCGGACAUUUUGAUUUUAUGACGACCACAAUUUGUCUUCAAUGUGUGAAUGCAAUGUGUGAGUUCUAUGUAUUUUAGAGGUCACCAUUUAUCAGACACACCUUGCAGAGCCAAAUUGUUGUGGUCCACAAAAUCAAAAGGUCCCAAAAUAGCACGCCAUUUCAUCUCAUUUCAAUAUUCAUCUCAAUAUAAUGUCUGUGUUAUUAGUAAAUAAAUUAGUUGCAUAAUCAUGUUUAGUUUUUCAUAAAUUAUGUAAAAAUUUGACAAUACUAUGUUGAUAAUUUUAAUUUUUCAAGAUUGGCAUCGACACAUUGUCGAAUAUUGUACGUAUGUAAUCUUCUUUUUAAGAUUAACCGAUUUCAACUUCCAUUUUAUGUUGCUCGCAAAACAAAUCAAAUUCAUUAAAUUUCACUUAUGACACACAAUUGUUGUAAAGACUUUUUUAUAACGAAAACAAAAAAGAAGCGAUCUCGCAAAUACCUUUCCAUUUUUAUUUUAUUUUAAGCAUUCAACGCAUUGGGAAAAUGUCAUUCUAUAUUUUGUAAAUUUCUCUGUGAAUUUUAAAACUUCAACAAAUAAAUUCUCUUCGAUCAAUCGUCAGAUCAAUUAACCAACAUUUGUAUGAUCAAUUUGUAAAAUUAAUAAUUUUCGAAAUAUAAAAAUGAGAAAAUGUUAAUUUUGAAAACAAGCGUCACAAGAAUCA